UGUCCGUAGGGGCCAGAACUUGCGAGUGAAAAAUAGGUUCGCGAAGUCUAAAGCAAGGAAUGGAUACCAUAUCCUAGAAUUGCUUAGCGGCAAAUCGGCAAUCGGCCACUCGCAACUCCAAUUCUCUCUCGAACUCUUCUAGUCUUCUUCAGUCGGUGCCGUCAAGCACGUAUCACGCCUGUGACUGGUCGCUGGUCGGCCAUCUGACGGUCAGCGCACGGCGGCUGAGCACCGUUUAGCCUCUAGCCUAGUAGCUGAUACUCCACAGCCCCUUGACUGUGCUUCUUCUUCGCCUGAUAAGGAAGACCGCGAGAUAAUUAAAAAGGAAAGUCAAUCUGACGGACAAAACCGUAGGAAUCGGAGAAGAGAAGGAUGAAGGAAGAAGACGGUAAUAUGAGUAGCACCAUGGCUGCCGCCACAGUGGAUACUGGCAAGGCUGACAGACCAGUAUGGCUGAUGAAGUGUCCAUUAGUUGUCUCCAAAUCAUGGCAGUCUCAGGCGGCGGCGGCUUCCUCCUGCUCCCCCACAGAUAUUCCGCUAGUUGGUAAAGUUGUUGUUUCUCUCGAUCCUCUCCAACCAGAAGAUUCUCACCAAUUUACCAUGGAACUGGCUGAUAAUGAUGUUGGGAACAUCCCCAAAGGGUACUCUUUGAAUAUGUUCAAAGAUUUUGUACCGAUGUGUAUUUUCUCUGAGACAAAUCAAGGAAAGGUUUCCAUUGAAGGGAAAGUUGAUCAUAAAUUUGACAUGAAGCCUCACACUAGGAAUAUGGAGGAAUACAGGAAAAUGUGUCGGGAAAGAACAAAUAAAUCAAUGGUUAAGAACAGACAAAUACAGAUAAUCGAUAAUGAUCGUGGUGUACACAUGAGGUCUAUGCCUGGAAUGAUGGGUUUGAUUGCAUCAACUUCUAAGGAGAAAAAGAAAGCAACUGCAGUUAAGGGACCUGAAGUAAAAAGAACUAGAAGGGAUCGUGGAGAACUGGAGGAUAUCAUGUUUAAGCUUUUCGAAAGACAGCCUAAUUGGACGUUGAAGCAGCUUGUCCAAGAAACAGACCAGCCUGCGCAAUUUUUGAAGGAGAUACUAAAUGAGCUGUCAGUGUAUAAUAAGAGGGGAGCAAACCAAGGCACAUAUGAGCUGAAGCCUGAGUAUAAGAAAUCUGCAGAGGACACUACUGAUGCAGACUAGAUGUCUUAUAAAGAAACACAAGUGAACAUUGUAUGAGUAAAUUCCACCGCUAAUUGUACUAAUGCUGAUGUAUUUUACCUGGUAAAUUUGCUGAAUAUUGCUAUUAUUAAUUAGUUCCGAAUAGUACAUGCAUAGGGCAUGUAAAUGGGUAGCAUAAUGGAGUGAGGUUGUUUUCUUUUGAUCUGUUUUCAGUCUCAGACCAGACUUAAACAGAUCAGACCAGAUCGGACUUGGAUAGUUAUAAAAUACACAGAGACCAAACAUUUACCAGACUAGUUCAGAUCUGACCAGAUCGGAUCAGGCCAUCAUAUUUCAGUCCAAAAGAAAACAUCCUGACUUCCCGAGUAUAUGUAGAUGCAUUCUCUCUUGAAUAUAAAGAAACACCCACUGGAAAGCAUGCCCAUUUACAUUCCAUGGUUUUAAAUUGCUGAUUGCAUUACGUAAUAUUAUUAGUCAGUUAUUACUAAUGUAUUAAAUCCCA